GAGCCUGUGCGGAACUUGUUGUUGAGAGCAGGCGCGUGUCAUUGUGUUCAUAAACUCAACAUCAGCAUCUGGUAACGGGAGGCGGGUGACGUAAGGAUGCUGCGCAGAAAACCCACGCGCCUCGAGCUGAAACUGGAUGACACGGAGGAGUUUGAAAGUGUAAAGAAAGAACUAGAGAGUCGGAAGAAACAGAGGGAUGAGGUGGAUGUAGUCGGUGUAGCAACAUCAAGCGAGAUGAGUGGAGCAUCAGGUGCAGUCACGGACGGGAAAACCAGAGAGCAGAUGAUCCACGAACGAAUUGGAUACAAACCACACCCGAAGCCCAACACAUUACCAUCACUUUUUGGGAACCUUCAGUUUUGACAAUCUAAAAAAUUAAAAAACGGACAAGAAAAUGUGAUCUUCAUUGCCCAAAACGGGCCGAAUCACAGGCAUUGUUGUUUUGCUAUCUGUGUUAAGGUGGUUUGUGACAACCAACUUCCACAAAGGACUAUUUUUCUACUUGGUUAAUAAAGUAAUACAAGUAAAAUAUGGGAAAUCUUUUUACUUUACAACACUACAAAGACAAAAGGUGCCAUUUUACAGUUGCUUUUAUCUUCAACAACUUACAGUGCAUUCCAGUUAUACAUUAGGCCUAUAUUUUUUAUAUGCGUGUUCCCAUGACAUUUGAACUGGUAACGCAAUGCUCUACUGGCUGUAGAAACAAUCUUUAUCAAAAAUGAGUUUGACCAAACAAGUUCUGCUUCCAAUCAUACAAUAUUUAUUUCUCAUUUACUCUUAAGUGAUUGUAUUUUUAAACAUCUACAGACAUGACAGAACUGUAAACAGCCUAGAAAAUGUUAACACUGCAUCACUGGGCGUACAUGUUUUUCCACAAUAGAGAAAAUCAUGAUCCGCAACUCCAGUGCUACAGAGUGCAACUGGCAAUUUGUGAUGUGGAUAUUCUAAGAUAAUAAAACUUUAUUUGAACUAAAACUAAACAACUGUAGGAAAUUAUAAACAUCUACAAAGAAAAAAAUGAACCGGCUUUCUUAAAAACCCACAUGCUUAUUUAAAAUAGGAUACCCUGGACAACAAGAUCAGCCGUGAGAUCUUAUGGGUCAAUUUUUCGAAAUUUAGAUUUUUACAUCAUCUGAAAGCUGAAUAAUUAAGCUUACUAUUGAUAUCUGGGUUAGGAUAUGACAAUAUCUGGCGGAUAUACAACCUUUAAGACUCUGGAAUCUGGGUGCAAAAGAAUCCAAAUAUUGAGAAAAUUGCCUUUGAAGUUGUUAAUCGGAGGCACUGUAGCAGGCCAUCCACUCACAAAAAUACGUUUUUAUAUAUUUACGGUAGGAAAUUUACAAAAUAUCUUCAUGAGACAAGAUCUUUACUUAAUAUCAUAAUGGUUUUUGGCAUAAAAGAAAAAUCGAUAAUUUUGACCCUUACAAUGUAUUUUUGGCUUUUCCUAAAAAUGUUCCCGUGCUACUUAAGAUGUUCACAUGUGUUUUUGCUUUUUUCACAUCAAGAAAGCCUUUGGUUCUAGCCAUUUGUUUUAACAAACAAUUAAUACACCCCUUAUGCAAAUGAACACUUAAAUUGGUGAUAUCUGGUCCCAGUAUGCAAAAGGCACACCACUUUAACUUAAGGAGCACAAAUUCCAUGAAAAACUAAAUGCACACAUACUGAGAUCUGGGAACUGACUGAACAGUGACCAUGGUGUUUUUAUUAGCUCAUGGUUUGCUUUAGAUCACAACAAUUAUGUCAUUUAAAAACUAAAAAAAAGAAUUUACAUAAACAGCCAAAAAACACACAGAUAAGUACAAUGUGUCGUUAAAGUAAGUAGCGUGUUACAAAUAUAAAUUAUAAAAAGAAAUCUUACUGGUGACACUGGCAUUAGAUAUUAUUUAUUUUUUCACCGACCCUCCUAUAUUUACUUAAAAGCACUCCAAAAGGGAGCAAGGUUCAACUUACUCUGUAAACUCAGAGUCCCACAACAGAUCAGAAGAUCUGUUGUGCAAAUAUGACAAUGAUUUCAAUUCAGCAUUAAUGUCUACACAAUGGACCCUGAUUAUUAUGGACAUUUUAAUAAUUUCCAGCAGCUGUGAUGCUCAUAUAAAGAAACACUUGGUUAAGAAUAAUAAUCCAUUCACAACCUCAUGACACUUUUUUUCUGGGUUCA